AUGGCUUCUUCUACUUCUUUGCUUUUCUCUGUCUCCACUGUCUUCUCUAUCCUUUUCUUGGCAUCCUCCUCCGAAGAUAACAUACCUGCCACCAUCACCAUCCCUCUAACCUCAACAUUUACAAGCAAACUAUCCACGGAACCCUUGGUCUUUUUCCAACACCUUGCCUCUGCAUCCUUGUCUAGAGCCCAUCACUUGAAACAUGGUAAGACCAGUCCUCUCGUAAAAACCUCUCUUUUUCCUCAUAGUUAUGGGGGUCACACCAUCCCUCUCAGCUUCGGCACUCCUCCACAAAAACUCUCCUUCCUGGUGGACACAGGAAGUCAUGUAGUAUGGACUCUUUGUACAACUCACUAUACAUGCACCAACUGUUCUUUUUCAGAUGCCGCCCCCAAAAAAGCCCCAAUUUUCAAUCCCGAACUUUCGUCGUCUUCUAAGAUCCUGGGGUGCAGAAAUCCCAAAUGUGUAAACACUUCUUCCCCAGAUGUUCACCUUGGGUGCCCCCGCUGCAAUGGCAAUUCCAAAAAUUGCUCUCACGCUUGCCCACGGUACCGUCUUCAGUAUGGCGGAGGAGCAUCAUCUGGAUAUUUUCUAUUAGAAAACCUCAAUUUUCCCGCGAAAACAAUUCAUACAUUUCUUGUUGGGUGUACAACAUCCGCUGCUCGUCUACCUACUUCUGACGGAUUUGCGGGGUUCGGUCGCACAAUGUUCUCGUUGCCGAUGCAGAUGGGUGUGAAGAAGUUUGCUUACUGUCUCAAUUCUCACUACUACGAUGACACCCGGAACAGCGGCAAGUUGGUUUUGGACUACAGGGAUGGCAAAACCAAAGGACUUUCCUACACUCCCUUUCUCAAGAACCCUCCUGACUUCCCGUUUUACUACUACUUGGGUGUCAAAGGUAUCAAGAUCGGAAACAAGCUCCUCAGGAUUCCAAGAAAGUAUCUGGCUCCAGGAUCUGACGGCCGAGGUGGUCUCAUGAUAGAUUCUGGUUUCGCGUACGGAUACAUGACAGCACCGAUUUUUAAAAUAGUGACAAAUGAACUGAAAAAGCAGAUGUCCAAGUAUAGGAGAUCUCUCGAGGCAGAAACCCAGUCCGGUCUCACGCCUUGUUUUAAUUUCACAGGCCACAAAUCCAUAGAAAUCCCCCCCUUAAUUUACCAAUUUAGAGGUGGCGCAAAUAUGGUGGUCCCAGGAAUGAAUUAUUUAUUAAUGUCUAGGCUUGAGACAAGCCUCGUGGCUUGUUUACCCAUGGUCACUGAUGCAGGCAACAACACUAUGGAAUUCACUCCGGGACCGUCUAUUAUUCUGGGGAAUUCUCAGCAUGUGGAUUAUUAUGUGGAGUAUGACCUCAAAAAUGAGCGUCUUGGGUUCCGACGACAGACUUGCUAGUCUAUGACAUCCAUGCCAAUGGGUCUAGUUGGGUGCGGCAAAGAAAUAGUAAAUAAUGGCAACCUAGGAGGAUCCUGCAGUAUGGUUAAGUAAUGUAAGAGGAUGAUGGCAGUUGGGAGAAUACUGCCUACUCUUUAUUACCGACAUGCAUGUACUGUUGGAGCACCGGAAAGGCUUUGUGUUUACAGUCUCCGGUCUAAAUAAAAGAAGCUUAGUAAAUACAAAUUAUGGAGC